AUGCCUCAUCACGUUCCUUGGAAAGUCAAGGUCAAGGGCCACCCGGGCUCCACAGCCGAAGAGAUUGCCCGAGAGCCAGACUGGGCCGGCCAUCAUCAUCACCGCAUUGGCUACAGGAACCGGGACAACAGGACUCCAGGUCUCACUCAUCGGGAUGAUGAGCUGGAAAGGGACAUCGAGAACUGGAAGCGUGAUCGAGACUUCCUAGCUCGUGAAAAGGAAGAAGGGCACCUCCUCAACUUCCGGGACCUUGUCCAGCGGCAGGAGGAUUUCCAUCUCCGUCAUCCUGAGAACGAAGCUCUUGGCUGGCGUUAUGUUCUCAAUGCAACCGAAGACUGGGUCAAGAACGAACAAGAAUGGCCAGCGAACAUGAAGAAGCGAGAGGAGGGAAAGGGAAAGCAGGAGCAUCAGACUGUCGACCAUGCAACUGACGAGGUUCAGAAAGACGAAGAGACGAAGCCGGGGCCGGAGUACACUACACAGCAGAAAGCUUUUCUGAAGGCUCUAGAACACGACAAAGACUACAUCUCCAAGCUCAAAGUUAACGACGGAAAGCACAAGUCACCACAGACCAAGAACAGAACAACCAUCUCGAUCGAUGAGCAAGACCAGUUUACUCCUGAUAACUGGUUGCCACGUUCGUCCGACUUGAUUCGACUCACUGGCAAACACCCGUUGAACGCCGAAGCACAGCUUUCCCGCCUGUAUGAUGCCGGCCUCAUCACCCCAAAUGAGCUACAUUAUGUUCGGAACCACGGGGCCGUUCCAAGAUUGCUUUGGGAAUUCCACCAUAUAGACGUUGAGUACAACGGCAAGACUACUGCAGUUUCAAUGAACCGGCUCAAAGAUGACUAUGACAGUAUCAACAUCCCUGUCGCUCUCGCAUGCGACGGCAAUCGCCGAAAGGAGCUCAAUAUGAUCCGCAAGAGCAAAGGUUUCAACUGGGGCGCUGGUGGUGUCAGCUGUGCAUACUGGAAAGGCCCUCUACUGCGAGAGGUCUUGCUCUCUGUCGGCAUUCCGGAGAAGAUCCCCAGCAAGGCGUCUGGGCAACGGUUCUGGGUCAACUUUGCUGGAGCCGACGAGCCCAGUGAAGGGACGUAUGAAACGUGCAUUCCCUUUGACUAUGCCAUGGAUCCUACAAACGACGUCCUGUUGGCGUACAAGAUGAAUGACGAGUUCCUCCCACCCGACCACGGAUCCCCAGUCCGCCUCAUCAUCCCAGGGUUUGUUGGCGGCCGCUGCGUCAAGUGGCUGAAGAGGAUUUGGAUCACUGACAAGGAGAACGAUUCACAUUACCACAUAUGGGACAACCGUGUUCUGCCCAGCUUUGUUACAGAGAAGGAAGGCGAGUUUUCGAAGCUCUUGUUCAGUCACCCAGACACUGCGUGCAAUGAGCAGAACCUCAAUUCGGUCAUUGUCAAGCCUGCGCAGGGAGAGAAGAUUCCCUUCACCGCUGCUCGCAGGGGUGCCAACUACCGCAUCGAGGGCUUUGCGUACGACGGCGGUGGUCACGAAGUCCAACGUGUCGAAGUCUCGCUCGAUGGGGGCGAGAACUGGCUCUACUGCAUACGGAGAUUCCCAGACUAUCCUAUCCGACACGGCAGAAAAUUCUGGACCUGGCUGCACUGGCAUGUGGACGUUGAGAUGGCAGAACUCUUCAAAGCCAGAAGCAUCAGCGUGCGCUGCUUCAACGUCUUCAAGAACACCCAGCCGCGUGAUCCCGUGUGGAACAUCAUGGGAAUGAUGAACAACUGCUGGUACGUGGUCAAGACCGAGGUGUACCAAGACGAGGACUCGGAUAUGACUUCGGUAUUAUUCCGGCAUCCCACCGAACCGGGCAAUGCGGACGGCGGGUGGAUGGAGCCCAGCGAGGAGAACAGGAUUGCGAACGCGAGGCAGGAAGCAGGAACUCCGGGGAAGCAGUUCACGAGAGAGGAAGUCGAGAAGCAUUCGACCGAGGACGACUGCUGGAUUGUGGUCGACGGCAAGGUCUACGACGCGACCAGCGUCCUUUCCUGGCACCCUGGAGGCAAAGCCGCCAUUGUCGGGCAUGCCGGGAAGGUCCACCAGGAGACGACCGACGAGUUCGAGAGCAUCCACGACGGCUUUGCUUAUCAGAAACUGAAAGAAUGCAUCUUGGGAACGGUCACAGACAAAGCCAUGAACUUUAUCAAGAAGACCGCCGAGGCUGCCGCCAAAGAACGGGAAAACGGUGCCGGAAAUGGCAAUCUGACCUUACAAAAGCACAGGUGGGUGCCCGUCAAGCUAGUCGACCGAAACAAGGUCUCAAAGGACACUCGUCGCUACACGUUCCGAGUUCCCGACGGCAAGGUCGAGCUGGGCCUGGGCACCUGCCAGCAUGUCCAGAUCGGAUUCCACAUGAAAGACCGGAUGCUCAUUCGGAGCUACACGCCGACGCGGCCUGUGUUGCCCGCGAGCGGGGAUCAGCAGUUUGCGAAGAAUGAGACGGACGAAAAGGGGCGCUCGAUCCGGGACGGCGACGGGACCUUUGACCUUGUCGUGAAGACGUACUUCCCCGACGACAACCAGCCGGGCGGCGCCAUGUCCAACAUCCUCGACGUCAUCCCCCUGGGCGAGGAGGUCGAGAUCCGGGGCCCCACGGGCGAGAUCACGUACGAGGGCGGCGGCAGGUUCACCAUCGAGGGCAGGGAGCGCCGCUUCGGGCGGGUCUCGCUCGUGCUGGGCGGCUCGGGCGUCACGCCGGGCUACUCGCUCGUCGCGCGGAUCGCGCUCACGCCGGGCGACGGCACGCAGCUGCGGGUCCUCGACGCCAACAAGACCGAGGGGGACAUGCUGCUGCGGGACGAGCUGGCGGCGUUCGAGAGGAUGAGGCCCGGGCAGAUCGGGAUCACGCACGUGCUGAGCAACGCGCCGGACAGCUGGGAGGGCGCCAAGGGGCACGUCAACGCCGAGCUGGUCAGGGAGAGCCUGUUUGCGCCCGCGGAGGACAGCGUGGUGUUCUUGUGCGGCCCGCCGGCGAUGAUUCAGAAGGCUGCUUUGCCGGCUCUGAGAGGUGCGUGA